AUGCUUAGACAAACAGUAUUACAAACAACCAAAUCCGUUGCUUCAAGAUCAUAUGCCACUGCUGCUGCCACCGCUAGUGCUCCAAUUGUCCCAAAACCAACAAGAAGAGUUGGUGCUUUUAGAGGUGGAUUUUUAGGUUUUUUCGUUGGUGUUAGUUUAACCUCUUUGGUUACUUAUUCUUAUGUUUUGGAUCAACAUAAAUCAAGUUCGAAUGUUAUCAUAAGUGAUGUUCUAAGCUUACAAAAAUCAAUCAGAACUUUGGAAGAACACGUUAGAGCUUUAGAAAGACAGCAAAAAGUUGUCACUACUACUGAAAAAUGA